AUGAAUCAAAAAUUUAUUUUCAUAUUUACUUUAUUGGCUGCACUUCUCACCGUCAAUGCUAUUCCAUUCCAAAAAAGAAAGACUGAAUUUAUUGUCUGUCCUGGUAGCCCUGAUGGAGUUUUCAACGUUAAAAUGAAUCCAGACCCUGUCAUUCUUGGACAAAACGUAACUUUUGAUAUUUUUGCAACUGUAACUGAUGAUGUUGGGGAUAAUGGAUCCGUUGUGGUGGAUUUUAAUGACGCAAAUGAUGAUUCUUUGCUAAGUCAAUCAUUUGAUCUUCCUUCGGUCAUUAAAGCUCACAGCGCAAUUAAUGAUUCAUUUUCAAUGCCAGUGAAACUUUCAAGUUUACCAGAAGGAUACUAUAUACAAAUUAGUGUUAUUUCGCAUACAAAUGGUGGUCCAUUUAAAGAAGUUGCCUGUGCAAUAACCUCUUAA